AUGGCGGUGAAAACCGAUAUGAGCAAGGCUUAUGAUCGCAUAGAGUGGGGUUUUAUUAGAGCAGUCCUGGCCCAGCUUGGUUUUGACCCGAUAUGGGUCUCUUGGAUCUUGGCGUGUGUUGAAUCAGUAUCGUACUCUUUUCUGCUCAAUGGUUCACCUUCCGGUCAUGUUACUCCAUCGCGUGGAAUACGGCAAGGUGAUCCGCUCUCACCAUACUUGUUCAUCAUGUGUACAGAAGUCCUCUCAGCGAUGUGUACUAAGGCGCAACUAAACGGUACUAUGGCGGGGGUGAAGGUAGCACGGAACUGUCCUCCGAUUAAUCAUCUAUUGUUCGCGGACGAUACAAUGUUUUUUUGCAAAUCAACACCCGCCUGUGUCACUACUCUGAAGACGAUCUUAGAGAGUUAUGAAAAGGUAUCUGGACAACGGAUCAACCUGCUGAAGUCGUCUAUCACUUUCUCGGCUAAGACCCCUGGUGAGGUUAAAGCUCGAGUGAAGACUGAGCUGUCUAUCCCGGCAGAGGGAGGGAUUGGCAAAUAUUUGGGCCUCCCCGAAAACUUUGGCCGCAAGAAGAGAGACAUAUUUGCGGCAAUUCUUGAUCGCAUCAGACAGAAGGCGCAUAGCUGGACAUCUCGGUUCUUAUCAGGCGCCGGUAAACAAGUCCUCCUCAAAUCUGUCCUUGCUGCAAUACCGUGCUAUACGAUGUCAUGUUUCAAGUUGCCUAUCUCUCUAUGCAAACAAAUACAAUCCCUCCUUACUCGAUUUUGGUGGGAUGCAAACCCGGAAAAGAAAAAGAUGUGUUGGGUUGCAUGGUCUACUCUCACACUGCCCAAAUAUGCUGGUGGCUUAGGUUUCAAAGACAUUGAGACUUUUAAUGAUGCCAUGCUCGCUAAAAUUGGCUGGCGCCUUAUACAGUUUCCAGACUCGUUGCUGGAACAAGUGCUGCUCGGAAAAUAUGCUAAAGCUUCCUCUUUCAUGGAGUGUGAAAGCCCAUCAUCAGCCUCCCACGGAUGGAGAAGUAUCUUGGCAGGUCGGGAGGUUCUAAGAAAAGGACUCGGUUGGGUGGUUGGGAAUGGAGAAAACAUCAAGGUGUGGGGGGAUCCUUGGCUCUCCUCCUCCUUUCCUACAGCCCCUAUGGGUCCACCAACUGAGAAUGCAGUAUCGAUGACAGUUAGUGAGCUUCUAUGCCCUCUCACUAACGCCUGGGACAUCCAAAAGAUCAGGAACUAUCUUCCUCAGUAUGAAGGCAUUAUUAAUAGGAUUAUCACAAGCUCUGCCCCUGCUCGCGACUCCCUCGCCAGGCUAGCUGAGAAAUCAGGAGAGUACACUGUGAAAACGGGAUAUGGAGUGGAACGUGUUGGCUUGAUCCCUCCUCACACAAAUGAGCAGACUUUUGAUUGGCUAAAGAACAUAUGGAACCUGAAUACUUCACCCAAGAUCAAGGAUUUUCUAUGGAAAGUCAAAAGAAAAGCAAUCCCAGUUAGUUCCAAUCUAGCGACCAGAGGUAUGGCUCCGUUUCCUUGCGCGAAAUGUGGAGGAGUUGAAGAUGAUCUCCACGUCUUCCUUCUCUGCCCCUUUGCUUCUCAAUCAUGGAGCCUAUUACCAGUUUAUGAAAUUCCGGAUGGUUCAAAUAGCUCCAUGGCGAGUUUAUUUGCAAAUGCUCGAAAUAAGUUGUGCUUUGAAAACAAAACCUUCACGGAGUGGGAAGUUGUGAACAAAAGCGUUAUUGAUGCGAAGGAAUGGGCUGCUGCUCAACUGCUCACUGAAGAACAUAACCACGCUACCAAUCGACAAGGUUCUCCUCCGAUCAUUCCCCAACCAUCUCCUGGCCAAGUUCUGUGCCAUGUGGAUGCAGCUUGGGAUCUUCGUACUGGUAACUGUGGCAUAGGGGGUCUGUUUUCGGGACUGGAAGACACUAGGAUCCAGCCCCUUAAGGUUUCUCGUUCUUUUGUUUCAUCAGCUCUCAUGGGAGAAGCUCUUGCUGUUCGUUUGGCGGUGAUGACCGCCUCCUCGUCUAACGUCCGAUCGCUGAUAGUUCUUUCGGAUUCCCAGGUUCUUAUCAACAUGAUUAGAGCUAAGGAAUCACGCCCGGAACUGUUUGGCAUCUUGUUUGACAUCUAUCAUUUUAGCUUAUCUUUUGAGGAUAUUUCCUUUCACUUCAUUCCUCGCUUAUGUAAUGUGGCUGCUGAUAAAGUGGCUAAGGCAGCCCUGGCAUCUGUAAACUCUACCCCCCUAGUCGAAGGGUGA